AUGGUUGAUUACUACCAACAACCUCCAUCGUAUCAUCAACCGGGAUAUGAUUAUACCCAACAAGAAGAAGAAUGGGAUCGUGAAGGAUUGCUUGAUCCAGCUUGGGAAAAACAACAGAAAAAGGUAUAUAAUUUCGCUUUUCGUCAGACGUAUGUUAAAUGCUAUUCUAACCCUCCCUCUCAAUGUUUUUUCGAACGCGAAUCAAAACCAACUCGAUUGAUAAAUUAUAAGCUCGAAAAGAUGAACAGAGCAAGAAAAAAAAGAAGAGUUUGGUCUGUUAUUACAACAACAUUCUUUUUGUCACUCGAAAACGAAAAUAAGAUAACUCUCGAAAAAAAACUUUGAGUGGGAGGGAAAUCUGAAACUAAACGAGACUGAAAAUUAGAUAAUGAACAUUGUGAGAGUGAACUUUCUGAAGAAAAAAAAAAAGAAAAAUUCGUAAAUGAAACGAAACAUGGCGCUUCGCCACAAGACCUGCUUCCAAACACACACGAAUGUACUGUAGCAAUAGUUUCGUGUGUGUUUAUUAGUUUUAUGAAAGGAAAUUUCAGCUAAGGUGCUUUCAAACUGUAAAACUGAGUUUUUUAUUGAUAAAAUUUUCAGACCUUCACCGCUUGGUGCAAUUCACAUCUUCGAAAAGCUGGAACUUCAAUCGACACAAUUGAAGAAGAUUUUCGAAAUGGUCUUAAAUUGAUGUUGUUGUUGGAAGUGAUUUCCGGUGAACCACUUCCAAAACCAGAUCGAGGAAAAAUGCGUUUCCACAAGAUUGCCAAUGUCAACAAAGCAUUAGAAUACAUCGAAUCAAAAGGUGUCAAAUUGGUAUCAAUUGGAGCCGAAGAAAUUGUUGAUGGAAAUGUGAAAAUGACACUCGGUUUGAUUUGGACAAUCAUCUUGCGUUUCGCUAUCCAAGAUAUUAAUGUUGAAGGUAAUACUUAUUAUUGGAAAAUAUUUAAAGCUUAGUUAUUUUCAGAAUUGUCCGCCCGUGAUGGACUUCUUCUUUGGUGUCAACGUAAAACUGCACCAUACAAUAAUGUCAAUGUGCAAAACUUCCAUAAUUCAUGGAAGGAUGGUCUUGCAUUCUGCGCGUUGAUUCAUAGACAUCGACCAGAUCUUUUGGAUUAUUCUCAACUUCACAAAGGAGAUCCAAUUCAUAACUUGAAUUUGGCUUUUGAUGUUGCUGAAAAACACUUGGAUAUUCCAAGAAUGUUGGACGCUGAAGGUAAGAAUAUAUUCUCAUCUCUAGAAUUUCUCAAAACUUCAAACUGAUAAUGAUCGUUUCUAUUCUCCCUUUCUAAAAAAUGUUGAAACCUCACAGACGUUGCGCGUCAUCCGGAUGAAAAAUCCACAAUGACGUAUGUCUCUUGCUUCUAUCACGCAUUCCGCAAUAUGCGUGAACAGCCACCAAUAAUUCGUCAACCACCACCACAACGUGUUGUUGUGGCUCCUCCACCAGAACGCGAUUGGCGUAAAGAUGUGAGAGAGUGAUGUGGUUUUUCUUUUUUUCAAAAUUAAUUGUGAAGUUCAUGUCCAGUCCGAGUUGUUUUUUUUUGCAAAAAACAUAUUAAUCGAGUUGUUUUCAACUAACAUUUUCUUGUAGAUUUGGCCAACUCACAACCUGAUGAAAAGGCUGUUAUGACCUAUGUUUCGUGUUAUUAUCAUUAUUUCAGUGGAAUGAGAAAGGUGUCUAGAAAAAAAGAAAAUCUAAACCUAAAUUGAAAAUUUUAGGCUGAAACUGCGGCUAAUAGAAUUUGUCGCGUUUUGAAAGUCAAUCAAGAAAAUGAAAAAAUGAUGGAGGAUUACGAAAAUUUGGCAUCUGAUGUGAGUUUGAAAGAAAAGUUUUAAAAAAAUUCAAAAUUAAAUACUCAAUUUUCAGCUUCUUGCUUGGAUUGCUCGUUGGAUGCCAUGGUUGGCAAAUCGUUCAACUGAUGAUACUCUUCCACAAGCUCAACAAAAACUCGAAGAUUAUCGCAAUUAUCGUCGACAUGAAAAACCACCAAGAAUUGAAGAUAAAGGUCGUCUUGAGACACUUUUCAAUACACUUCAAACUCGUCUUCGUCUCUCAAAUCGUCCAGCUUUCUUGCCACGUGAUGGACAUUUGAUCAAAGAUAUUAAUGCAGCUUGGGCUGGACUUGAAGAUUCGGAAAAAGGAUUUGAAGAAUGGUUGUUGUCGGAAAUUAUGAGAUUAGAAAGAUUGGAACAUUUGGCGGAGAAAUUCAGAAGAAAGUGUGCAUUGCAUGAAGAAUGGGCACAUGGAAAAGAAGAUGCUUUGAGAAGUCAAGAUUGGAGAAGUUGCGGAUUAUAUAAGAUCAAGGUUAGUUUUUUUUUAUUCGGGGAGAAGUUAGCAAAAAAAUGAAAAAAAAAUUCAGGCUCUUCGCAAACGCCACGAAGCUUUUGAAAGUGAUUUGGGAGCUCAUCAAGAUCGUGUUGAACAAAUUGCCGCAAUUGCAAGAGAACUCAAUAAUCUUCGUUAUCCAGAUAUUGGUCCAAUUAAUGCAAGAUGUCAAACAAUUUGCUCUCAAUGGGAUCGUCUUGGACAACUUUCUUCACAACGUCGUGAAAAAUUGGAAGAUGCUGAAAGAAUUGCCGAACGUCUCGAUUCGCUUUAUCUCGAUUUUGCCAAACGUGCUGCUCCAUUCAAUAAUUGGCUCGAUGGAGCUCGCGAAGAUUUGGCUGAUCUUGUUAUUGUUCAUGAGAUGCGCGAAAUCGAAGAACUUGUUAGCGCACACGAUCAAUUCAAAUCGACUUUGGGAGACGCGGAUCGCGAAUUUUCGAGCAUUAAUUCAAUCGAACAAGAAGUUGAGCAUCUUGUCACAUCACAUGGUUUGGAUAGAGAAUUGUUGAGAAAUCCAUACACUGAUUUGGCUGCGGCUGAUAUUCGUAGAAAAUGGGGAGAAGUUCAAUCAUCGGUUCCAAGAAGAGAUUCGCAAUUACAAGCUGAACUCAGAAGACAACAAAGUAAGUGGAGUUGUUUUGUCCGAUUUCUUUUAAUACUCCCAGGUGUAGUUGCUCACCCUUAAAUGCAUUUUUUUCAGACAACGAACGUCUUCGAACAAUGUUUGCUGAAAAAGCAAAUAAUGUUGGUCCAUGGCUCGAAAGAGAACUCGAACAAGUUUUGGCAAUUGGACUUGGUGGACGUGGAAGAUUGGAAGAUUCGAUUCAACAACUUCGAAAUGUCCAAAGAAAUGUACUUGGUUACAAACCAAAUCUUGAAGAACUCGAAAGAAUUCAUCAAGAGAUGCAAGAAAACUUUGUAUUUGAGAAUAGAAAAUCUAGGUAUUUAUUUAAACGGGAUAAUUUUUCUGAUGAAAAUCUAAUUUUUUUCCAGAUAUUCAAUGGAAUCACUUCGUGUUGGAUGGGAAACACUUCUUACAAGUAUCAAUAAGACAAUCAACGAGUUUGAAAACCAGGUUAGAUUUUAUGAACCAUUCAUGUUAAUGAUCAAUAGAUUUUUGAACAUUCGAAUUUUUCUCAGGUUCUUCUUCGUGAUAGUAAAGGAAUUAGUGAAGAGCAAAUUGCCGAAUUCCGUUCAUCAUUUGCUCAUUUCGACAAAGAUCGUGCUGGUCUCGACACCGAACAACUUCGCUCAUGUCUCAUUUCUGUCGGCGCUGUUCGACCAGGAAGAGAAGGAGAUGCUGAACUUCACCGCAUUUUGGCACACGUUGAUCCAAAUCGAAUUGGUCGUGUUCCAUUUGAAGCGUUCUUGGAUUUCAUGACAAAAGAGAAUUCGGAUCAAGACACUGUUGAACAAAUGAUUGAUUCGUUUAGAAUAUUAGCAUCUGGAAAGGUUGGUUUAAUUGUUUUGGAAAAAAUAUUUUUCAAAUACAUAACUAAACAAAAUGCAGUGUCAUUUUGAGAAUAUCGUAAUUUCGUCCCUGUUAUCUCGCAAAUUCAACUUCUUUAUAAAGGAAUUUGUAAGAAAAUCAUUAGAAUUUUCAUUUUUCCCAUUGAAAUUCGAAUGAUUUUUCAAAUUUGUUUCAAUUAAAAGUUCAAUAUGAAAUGUAGAAAAAAUCAAAAGAAAAUCCGUCCCUGUGGGAUCUGAGGCAUAGUCAUUUCUGGAGUGUCGUUUAAUCGUCCCUGCCGAUUGGAAAGCAAUGAAAAUUUCAACUUUUUUUUACAAAUCGAAUAAAUCUAAAGAUUUAUAUAGAGAACAUUCCGAAGCUCUCUAGGUAUUUUUGAAUUGGGAAUUUCGAAAUAUAGAAUAUUUUGAAAUGUAGAAAAAAUCAAAAGAAAAUCCGUCCCUGUGGGAUCUCAGGCAUAGUUAUUUUUGGAGUGUCGUUUAAAGCUGCCAAAUGGAAAAUUUUAACUUCCCAUUCUCCUUGAAAAUAUUUUCUCAUUAUAUUUUAGAACUGGUUUUCAAUAAUUUUUUCGAGAAACAAUUAUUUUGAAGUGUAGAAAAAUCAAUUUUCGAGAAUUUUUGGGAAAAUAUGGAUAGCUGAAAAAUAUGAUUUAAAACUCUGAAAAAUUGAAAAUUUACAAAAAAAUCUAUUCGAUUUUUCAGCCAUUCAUAACUGCGGAAGAAUUGGAACGUGAAUUACCCCGUGAUCAAGCAGCAUAUUGUAUGGCUCGAAUGGCUCCAUCACAUGAACCAGGAGCACCUCCAAGAUCAUUUGAUUAUGUCACAUUCAGCAGAUCAUUAUAUUCUCAAUAA